AUGUCCGGGUCACGUAUUGCAAUUGUUGGAGUCGGUCAAGUCGGUGCUGCCGCUGCCUACGCACUUAUCCGCAGCUCAAUAGCUGCUGAGUUGCUCUUCGUUGAUAUUAACGUGAAUUUGAGAGAUGGCCAGGUUCGCGAUCUCUCAGAUGUGGCGUAUAGCUGCAACAGUCGGACAAGAGUACGAGCAGCAAACUACCAUGAGGCGGGCCAGUGUGACAUUGUCGUCAUUACUGCAGGGUCAAGGCACAAUUUAGGUGAAACUAGUCUUGACCAAGUAUAUCGAAAUAUUUCGAUUGUCAAGACCGCUGUCGACGCAAUGACGCCCUUCAAAGCAGAUACUAUCCUGCUAGUAGUAUCUAGCCCCGUUGAUCUACUUACUUCACUCGCCUUGAAACUCUCCCAACUUCCGCCGUCCCAAGUCUUGGGCUCUGGCACGUAUCUGGAUUCUGUGCGUCUUCGAGGAAUGCUGGCAGACAAGAUUGAGGUUGCGGCGAAAUCGAUUGAUCUAUUCGUGUUGGGGGUACAGGGAGAAUCCCAGGUGACGGCGUGGUCUGCCGCAACAGUUGGCGGCACACCCAUCGACAAAUGUCUCUCAACAGACAAUGCCAUCAAUCGCGCCGAACUUUCCAGCGAGUGCAAGAAUCGAUCGCAGAGUAUAGUCCGAGCCAAAGGAGCAACUCCUUUCGGCAUUGGUUCCAUCGUGUCCAGCAUUUGCUCUGCUAUUGUCUUUGACAAGCGGACUGUUCAUCCCCUUAGCCAUUUCCAGCCGUCAUUUGAAUGCUGUUUCAGCUUGCCCGUGGUGCUCGGCAAAAAAGGAAUUGAACGCACAGUGAAGGUGCCACUGGAUAGGGACGAGGAUGUUCAGAUAGCCGACUCAGCAAUUGCACUCAAGAUGAUGACUGACCAAACGACUUGCUAUGCCUAA